GUAGCCUCCCUCCCUCCGGUCCGCCCCCUCCCCGCCCGCUCGGCUCCCCCUCCCCAAGAAGCAGACCUGCCCUGCGGGCCGCAGGGACCCCAGCCAGACGCUCCGGUCGUGCGCGCCGCACUGACCUCUGCCCGCCCGGGAAACUAACAAAGGCGGCGCGCGAGCCCGGCCCCGGGAGAAGAGAGCGGCGGCCGCGGGGCGCGCGAGCCCGGGACGGGCGGGCCAGAGAGCGCCGGGAGGGGGCCGCUCCGGAGUCGGGAGGCGGCGGCGCCGGACGACCCAGACCUCAGGCGGCGCGCGCCGCUCGGACGCCGCGGGCACCAUGGGCUGCUGCACCGGGCGCUGCUCGCUCAUCGGCCUCUGCGCGCUGCAGCUGCUCUCAGCAUUAGAGAGGCAGAUCUUCGACUUCCUUGGCUUCCAGUGGGCACCCAUUCUUGGCAAUUUUCUACAUAUAAUCGUCGUCAUAUUGGGUUUGUUUGGGACCAUUCAAUACAGACCUCGAUAUAUUGUGGUGUAUACGGUAUGGACUGCCCUCUGGGUCACCUGGAAUGUGUUCAUUAUCUGCUUCUAUUUGGAAGUAGGUGGGCUCUCUAAGGAUACAGACCUAAUGACAUUCAACAUCUCUGUGCACCGGUCAUGGUGGCGGGAACACGGGCCCGGCUGUGUCCGAAGAGUACUGCCCCCGUCAGCCCACGGCAUGACGGACGACUACACGUAUGUCUCUGUCACUGGCUGCAUUGUUGACUUCCAGUACCUGGAGGUCAUCCACAGUGCCGUCCAGAUCCUACUCUCUUUGGUUGGUUUUGUGUAUGCCUGUUAUGUGAUCAGUAUUUUCAUGGAAGAAGAGGAUACCUUUGAUUUCAUAGGUGGACUUGAUGCACACUCCUACUACCAGGAUCAUGUUACGUUAAAGCCUGUUCAUCUGUCCCUUCCAUCUCUGUGAAUCCAGAAUGCACGAAACAUCCUGGUCGAAAUAAGUAACGACACUGACUCUGAAACGCAGCUGCUGAACUUGACUUAGGAAGCAAAGCACCACUGAUGGCACUGUCUGCAUCAACACGUCUCACUUCCUUCCAGAGGGUGGACCGCACCUCCCGCUUCUCCACGAGUCACGGAGUUCUCCGGGCACAGCCCACGUAUUAUUAGCCUUGUUUGCUAGAUGAGUUGUAGGUGCUUGGGUGGGUAUUUUUUUAGUCGUUUCCUUCUUAAAAGAAGACUUGUAAAUUGUACCCCCAAAAUCAGUUUUUAAUAUUUAACAAUAUUUAAUGUGAGGCAUGCGACAUGAAAAAAACAUUCUGUGAAAACCUU